AUGCUACAUAAGCUGCUGUUUAGGGCAGCGAGCCGGAGCAUUCCGGCCCGGAGGCUUUUCUCGGCUGGCCCCAUGUGUCUGAAGAAUCAGUCCCAGAUCGACAUCUCAAAGCUUACGCAGAAAGAAAUUCAGCAGCUGCGGUCCUUGAAGUUUCAAAGAGACCGCCAGUUCAAGGACCGCACCGCCGCGUACUACUUCACUAGUAUCGCCGUGCUGUUUUUGGGGCUGGCGUAUGCCGCUGUGCCGCUUUACCGUGCGAUCUGCGCGCGCACGGGCUUCGGAGGUAUUCCAAUAACAGACAAACGUAAGUUCACAGACGACAAGCUGAUUCCCGUGGAGAGCGGCAAGCGCAUAAGGGUCUCGUUCACAAGCGAGGUAUCCCAGAUCCUGCCCUGGAAGUUCGUGCCGGAGCAGCGCGAGGUACAUGUGCUGCCGGGUGAGACUGCGCUGGCCUUCUACAAGGCCAGAAACACCAGCGACAAGGACAUCAUCGGGAUGGCGACAUACAGCAUCACGCCCGGGGACGCCGCGCCGUACUUCAACAAAAUCCAGUGUUUCUGCUUUGAGGAGCAGAGGCUCGCGGCCGGAGAGGAAAUCGACAUGCCCGUGUUUUUCUUCAUCGACCCGGACUUCGCCACAGACCCCAGGAUGCGCAACAUCGAUGACAUUGUGCUGCACUACACGUUUUUCCGGGCGCACUACGCGAACGGUGGUGCGGUGAGCGAGAGCGCGAACCCGCAGGUGAUGGACAGCGGCUCCAGCUGA